AUGGCUGCCAAUUACUGGACAUCGACCCAACGCCGACACUGGCUGUUCACCAGAGAACGGCUGGCAGAGAUCCGCGAGAAUCUCAAGGAGAAAGACAAGCUGGCCCAUCAGCAGUUUCCCCUGCCAGAUCUGAGGCACCUCAACAUUUUUUUUAACCAACAACUGACAAAGCUAGGCAAGAGAAUGUCGACCCGACAACAGGCACUGGCGACGGCCCAGGUCUACAUCAAGCGGUAUUACACCAAGGUCGAUGUACGGCAAACCAAUCCGUAUCUUGUCCUCACCACUGCCUUUUAUCUUGCCUGCAAGAUGGAGGAGUGUCCGCAGCAUAUUCGAUUUGUCGUCAGCGAGGCACGAGGCCUGUGGCCCGACUUCAUCACCAACGAGGUUUCCAAACUGGGCGAGUGCGAAUUCGCUCUGAUCUCGGAAAUGAACUCCCAGCUGAUCGUGCAUCACCCGUACCGGACUCUGACGGAGCUGCAGCCGGAACUGGGGCUGACCUCGGACGAGGUGGCGCUGGCGUGGUCCGUCAUCAACGACCACUACCUCACGGACCUGCCGCUGCUGUAUCCGCCGCAUGUCAUUGCGGUGAUGGCGAUCCUCAUCGCCGUGGUCUUCAAGCCCAGCCAGACCAACUUCCACGGCAGCGGGCCAUUGUCGUUGGCGGGCGCACUCCGGGAGAGCGGCGGCGUGGCAGGGGCUCUUGCGGCGCUGGGAGGAGGAGGCGACAAGAACGGGACGGCCCCGGCCCCGCGGAUCCAGAAGAUCGUCAACUGGCUGGCGGAGAGCGAGGUGGACAUCAAAGCGGUGAUCGAGUGCACACAGGAGCUGGUGUCGCUGUACGAGGUGUGGGAGCAGUACAGCGAGAAACAGUGCAAGGACGUGAUCGCGCGGAUGAAAUAUGAGCAUGACAAUAUGCGCGAGAGGUAG